AUGCAAACAAAAAAAGAGACAUUAAUUUUGAAACCUUAACUAAGUGCAGGGACUUUAAAUAAGGAACCUUUAACAAUUAGAUUUCUAAGACACUAAGCUAAAUCUCAAGAUGUAUUUAUUUGUACUAAAAUUAACAGCUUUAUACUAAUUUCUUAUAACACAAAGAACCAAAAAUAGUAAAACAACCAAAGAAAUGGACUUUGAAAUAAUUAUUAAAUAUAGUUGAUAAGUAAUCAUCAGCAAUAUCAUCAACUCGUUUUUUUAACAUUAAAAGUUCAAACAAGAGAAGUCAAGAAUAAAGUAAAGAGAAAGAUAAAUCAGAAGUAUUUCCUGUAGUUGAAGAGAAAUUUGUUGAAGAAUAAGUUGGUGAAUCAGCAAGAAUAAGAUUGGUUAAAUUUCUAUCCUUUCACAAAGUGAAUUCGAAUGGAUAGAUUGAUAAAACAAAACAAGGCUUUAAUUUAAAUUUAUCCUAAAUAAAACAAGAGAAUUAAAGCUAAAGUAAUAUUAAGAAAACAUUAAUCAAAAUUAAUACUUCAAGAUUUAAAUAAGAUCUCAAUAAUAGUGUCUCUGAUUAAAGAAAUUAAUUAAAAACAAUAAAAUAGAAAAUUUAGAAUGUUAUUANAUGUUUUUAUUUCUAUGAGAUGUAUUAUUAAAAUUAAAUGGUAAUAAUUAAGUAUCUGA